UUUUAUCUUAUGUACAAAUUUGUAGUGCUUUUAGUUGGCAGUUUUGCUUUGACUGCGAGUUGAGUAUAACAAACGGCGUCCCUUCACAUUCAUUUCGUUACUCUCUAUCUCAUCUGUUACCACUUUCUCUCUCUUCCGAUAUCUAUUUUAUCUCUCAGAUAAAACCGUAGAGUUGUUAUUUGCUGAAAUUGAAAGGUUGAGCAAUUUUUAUUUUCCCUUUUCUAUUUCAAUCUUAUGAAGAGGUGCGAGCUUUGUAAGCGGCCGGCGCGGACGCACUGCGCGGCGGACCAGGCGAGCUUGUGCUGGCCCUGCGACGCCGCCGUGCACUCCGCCAACUUCCUGGUGGCGAGGCACUCCAGAACCCUGCUCUGCCGCGUGUGCCAGGGCCCGACGCCGUGGUCCGCUUCCGGCUCCGAGCUCGGACCCAUCGCCGCCGUCUGCGAGAUGUGCGUCGAUCAGAGAUCAGGCGGAGGAAACGGCGGAGGCGGUUCUCCUUCGUCGGAUGAGGUGGAGCAGGCGGUGGUAGAGGAGAUUCCAGUGGUUGCAUGGUCGCCGCCGCCGGCUGAGAGCAGCUCAAGCGCGGAGAAGACGGAGGUGUCGCGGAAGCGGCGACGGACGGGCGGUUCUUCUGGAAAUUUCCGAUCCAAUGAAGAUCAAAGCUCGUCGUCUUCGCUCAACACAUUUACUUCGGCGCCGUCGCCGGCGGCGGCGGCGCGUGCUACGGCGUGGCGGAAUGCGGGUUCGGAACGGGUGGGUACAUGCGGGUCGGGCGUUUUGGAUUAGGUGAGUAGAUUUUAUUUGACCGGAAGGAACGGGUUCGGGUUGAGAAAGGGCCGGGCUGGGUAUGUGGUAAAGGCCGUCGAUGUGAAAUUCAGAUACUGACUUUUAGCCGUUAGAUAUUGCGAAGUGAGAACUGAUCUCUUUUGUUUAUUAAUUAAAAAGUUUAUUUGUGAUUUUCCUGUCAAAGAAAUUAUUGUGCUGUAAUUGGGAUUAGUGAGUGUGAGUGGGUGAUUAAUUAGAACUUACGCAAAGGAAAUCUGUUUUACCGGCUGAGUUUGAUAACUUAUGGUUAAUUGUAUAGUACUCCCUCCAUUUUGAAAUAU